GGUGAAUGUGGUCGCAGUUGGGCUUUGAAAGAAAUCUGGGAGCUCCGAGGAGGCCGUUGUUUUUGGCGGUGCAGUUUUUUCCCACCAUCGCCUGCCCAUGGUUCCGUUAUCGAGGGCGUGGACCUUCUUCGUCUACGUCCAAGCAUCCGGAAAUGGUCCGACCCCUUGACGUGUUUCCCAAAUCCAAAUUGCAGCGGGCACGUCGCUCGUAUACCCGUUGAGCUUGUGGGCGCCCCUUAACCAGAACUCUCUCUCUCUCUCCCUCUGUCUCUCUCUCUCUCUCUCUCUUUCUCGGCGAGUUGGCAGCCAUUGCAAUGGCACCCAAGCAGAGGAUUUCGUACUUCUAUGAUGGUGAUGCUGGAAAUGUUUAUUUUGGUCCAAAACAUCCAAUGAAGCCACACCGUCUUUGUAUGACGCACCAUCUUGUACUUGCAUAUCAGCUGUACAAUAAAAUGGAAAUCUAUAGGCCACAUAGAGCUUAUCCUGUGGAGCUCGCACAGUUUCAUUCAGAAGAUUAUGUUGAGUUCUUGCAUCGAAUAACACCUUACAGCCAAUAUCUGUUCAGGGAUGAAUUAGAAAGAUACAGCCUUGGUGGAGAUUGCCCGAUCUUUGAUGACCUGUUUGAGUUUUGCCAAAUAUAUGCUGGUGGUACAAUAGAUGCUGCAAGGAGGUUAAACCAUCAGUUGUGUGAUAUUGCUAUAAAUUGGGCUGGUGGAUUUCAUCAUGCUAGGAAGGGUGAAGCCUCUGGAUUUUGCUAUAUCAAUGACUUGGUAUUAGGCAUACUAGAGCUUCUAAAAUAUCAUGCUCGAGUUUUGUAUAUUGAUAUUGAUAUACAUCAUGGUGAUGGUGUUGAAGAAGCAUUCUACUUGACAGACAGGGUAAUGACUGUAAGUUUCCACAAGUAUGGUGAUCUAUUCUUUCCAGGAACAGGUGCUCUUAAGGAUAUAGGAGAAAAGGAAGGAACGUAUUAUGCUGUUAAUGUACCUCUCAAAGAUGGAAUGGAUGAUUCUGGUUUUACUCGGCUCUUCAAGAUUAUUAUCACUAAGGUUAUGGAAACAUAUCAACCAGGUGCAGUAGUUCUUCAAUGUGGAGCAGAUUCACUUGCUGGGGAUCGCUUGGGAUGUUUCAACCUUUCCAUUGAUGGCCACUCUGAAUGUGUAAGAUUCGUGAAGAAAUUCAACUUGCCCCUCUUGGUUACUGGAGGUGGAGGAUAUACAAAGGAAAAUGUUGCACGCUGCUGGACUGUGGAAACAGGAGUUUUGUUAGAUACUGAGCUUCCUGACGAAAUUCCGGAUAAUGACUAUAUAAAGUACUUUGCUCCAGAUUAUUCCUUGAAAAUCCGACAUGGCAAUAUCGAAAACUUGAACAGCAAGUCAUAUCUCAGCACCGUCAAAACUCAAAUACUGGAGAACUUACGUUGCAUGCAGCAUGCUCCAGCAGUUCAGAUGCAGGAAGUUCCUCCUGAUUUCUAUAUUCCAGAUAUUGAGGAUGAAGAGAAUCCUGAUGAACGAGUUGAUGGGCAUGCUAAAGACAGGCAAAUUCAAAGGGAUGAUGAGUUCUAUGAUGGCGACAAUGAUAACGAUCGCAUGGAAGACAGCUUUUAGCAGUUUGCAUAGUCAUGCAUUGACUUGUUUGCAUCGAUCCCAUGAAAGUGUGAAGGAAUCGGGUUUCCCCUUUAGCUUUCUAGAAAGUGUGAGGAUGGAGAUUCCAGCUCGUGGAGGCCAGCAUUUUUCAUGAAGAGCCGUUGACUGACUUCGCUAUACACACUAGAAUUAUCUAUCAAAAUUUUUCUCGUUUUCUUUAGGGUCGUUUGAUGCACAAGAAGAAUUUAACGUGGUAAAUUUACCAUGGUAAAUUUUUCUGAAAAAAUUUACAGGAUGAAAUUUUUCUCUCUUCUAAUUUGAGGGUCUGUUUGAUAUACAGGAAGAAUUUAACGUGGUAAAUUUAACCUUGUUUGAUGCACAAAGUAAAAAUUCACAUGAAAAUAAAUUGGAAGAUGUCUUCCAAAACAACAAAAUGUUGCAUACAUGCAUCAAAACAACAAAAUGUUGCAUACAUGGUAACAAAGAAAAAUUAACCAUGGUACAAAAGAGUGAGGAGGGAGACAUGUUACUUCGCAUUCAGAAAUGCAUCGAAAUAUGUUAAAAUGUUUGACAGAGGAUUGUGCUUUCAGGCAACCAACAAAACAAGCUUCCCUAAUUCCUGCAGGGCCUCCUAAAUUGCUAAUCUGCUGAUGAGGCAGACAAUUAGACUAUUCUUUCAGCUGAUGAGGCAGACAAUUGUACUAUUCUUUCAGCUGAUGCCACACAUUCUUUGGUUUAAUACAAAUUGGGGUGCCGUCUCAGCAUAGAGUCAAUUCUUCCAGCUUGCUGCACCAUCAAUGGACUCUUGAGACACAGAUCAAUUCUUCCAGCUUGCUGCACCAUCAAUGGACUCUUCUGGUUAGCUCUAGACAAAAUUGAAGCCAUGGCAUUGAAGGUAUAACGAUUGUGCCUAAACCCAUCUUGUUUUUCAGCCCACAAUAACUCGUAGGCACAAUUCCAUCCACACUUCAGCUCUCUCAAAACAGACUCCACAGUCUCAGUGGUGAGAGUCCUCCCCAAUACACACAACAUCUCCUCCCGAUUUCUUUGCACUGGUUUCUUUGAGAAUAUCGACCAGAGAUCAUAAACGGGAUUAACAGAGAGGAUGCAA